GCUGCCGAAGAUGUCACAGAUCCUGACGAGUCUUUGGCCUCCUUUGAGCUCGAUCCCGAUGAUGAACGUCUCAAUCGCAGCCGCAGCCAAAGCUAUGCCAGCAGCUGCGGCAGCGGAUGUCCGUUCAGCCUGUGCUGUGGUUGCAGCCGUUGUAUCAGUGGUAGCACCAGCACUAGUACCAGCGCCAGUGUAGGCCAAUCCGAUUCUGGUGGUGUCAGGGGCUUUACUUCGUCCUCUUCCUGUUCUGGUGCCUCUCUGAACCUGUUGCAGAGACGCUCCGACUCGAUUGCGGCCAGUCUACCACCUCGGCCACCUGCCACUUCGAGCGGCAGUUCAGUUGGGGUCGGAGUCACUGCGACUGCCGAGGCUUCGGUAGCUCUCACGACGCACGGAGUUGCCACCCUAUUGACCGAGGUUCUGAUGGCGGCCGCCUCAGAACGAACCAGUCCAGACACGCCGCGCUGCCUGGACACUGACGCUGGGGGCUCCACCAGACCUGACUCGUCUCGACCUCCAAUCUGUAGAUCUGUCUCGGCCUCUUUAUCCGCCAGAGCCUCACCAUCGCACUCUUUGCCCACUUGGUUGGCGUCUCCAGCCUUGAACACAAUGUCGGCUCGUUCUGCUUCUCUCGUCCCCGUGUCCGGGGCCUCAGCAUUGUCUGCUGAAGUUUCGACUACACCACCCGAGACUGACCCCUUGGAGGCUUUCAAAAUAGCCUCCUGA